ACUACUCUCCCUUCUGGUCCAUGGCAACGAGCGCGUGCGUUUGUUUACUUGCUUGGGGCGCUAACAGCUACGGACAGCUGGGACUGGGACAUGAGGUCGACCAGCUCGUGCCCCAGCAGGCGUGCGCCUCAGCAUUUCAGGGCGGAAAGGUCCGUAUACUUAGUGGUGGCGGAGGACACUCGGCGAUUAUUACUGACAAUGGUGACGUGUAUGUAUGCGGUCAGAAUCAGAGAGGUCAGCUGGGUCUCAGCCACACAGAGGACGUCUCUACAUUCCAGCUCUGUCGGGGGUUGAGUCAGAGAAUCGCUAGUGUAGCCUGCGGCUGGGAUUUUACUCUCCUUCUCACAGAUAAUGGAAAAUUAUUAGUGUUGGGCUCCAACAAGUUUGGGCAGUUAGGUGUCGGAGAGACUGUGACGCAUUCAGCAGACGCACUAGCAGUUGAGAGCCUGGGGGAGAGAGUGGUGAGUGCAGCAGCAGGUUUAAGACAUUCUCUUGCUGUUACUGAUGCUGGUCAUGUGUACCAAUGGGGCACCGGCCUCCUCAGUCUCGCAAAGCGUGCCCUCAGCCCAGAUCCAGUGCCGUCACACCUGAACUCCAAGGUUCCUGCGCUGGUGCCAGGUUUUGAAGGAACGAGAGCACUCACAGUGAAAGCAGGUGCAGCACACUGUGUUUGCCUAACAGGUGAUGGAGAACUGUUUCUAUGGGGAAGCAACAAACAUGGUGAAUUGGUCGGUCCAGAGCUGUUCAGAGCUCUUCCCUUGAGACUGAACCCUUCCUGUCUCUGUGGAGAAAAGGCUACAAGUGUGUGGAGUGGCUGGACUCAUGUUGUCACUCAAACAGAGACUGGCAGAGUGUUCACUUGGGGACGACAGAACUACGGACAACUAGGUCGACCCCUUUCGGAGCUGUCCGCGGAGACACCAACAAGAAGAGAUGCACUGGAAGUUUGUUGCCCUGCUGAAGUGAAGACUCUCUUUGGGGCUACAGAGAUUGCGUGUGGAUCAGAGCACAACCUGGCCGUGUUGGGUGUCUACAUACUGAUCGCCGUGGGGGCCGUCAUGAUGCUGGUGGGCUUCCUCGGCUGCUACGGCGCAAUCCAGGAGUCCCAGUGUCUGCUGGGGACAUUCUUCUUCUUCCUGGUGAUCCUGUUUGCCAGUGAAGUUGCUGCAGCCAUAUGGGGUUUUAUGAACAGAGACACGAUCUCCAAAGAACUGAUCAACUUCUACGACUCGGCCUACAUCAAGGCCGUGGACGUCUCUGGCUCCCCAAGUAAAGACGCUGCCAUUAAGGUGCUGGACGCUUUCCACACCACGCUGGACUGCUGUGGCAAAGGUGACGACACGGCUCUCUUCAGACAAGUCAGGAGCGCUUUGUGUCCCAGAAAGAGUCCGGAGGACUUUUUGAAAUCACAGAGCUGUCACGAUAAAAUCAUCGAUCUCUUCUCUGAAAAGCUGUACUUGAUUGGCCUGGCUGCUCUGGUGGUUGCUGUCAUCAUGAUCUUUGAGAUGAUCUUCACCAUGGUGCUCUGCUGCGGGAUCCGCAACAGCCCAGUCUACUGAGGACGUUUGACUACAGCUCUGCGCAGCGGCCCAGCAUUGGGCCAUUCAUUUCAUACACCAGUAUUGAUGAUAGUGAUUUCUCAUCCAUCAGAAAGAGGUUCUGUAUUUAUAAUACAUAAUGCAGAAAUAAACGUUGGAGUGUUUGAAAUGCACUGUAUAGAUUGUAUGUACGAUCAAGCAUUGUGAGCAGCAGAGAGACGAUCUGCAGUGUGUACCAGUAUUAAUGUUAUCAUCUCUGCUGUCAAAUCCACUCUGAAGUCUGUUAAUAAACAUGUGAUGUCAGGGCCGGGAGGAACAGGUGUCUGUGACCG